AUGUCUUCAGAUAUCACCCUAUACACCUGGGCCACGCCAAAUGGCAUCAAGGUUUCCAUAACUCUAGAAGAACUAGGCCUGCCUUAUAAGACCGAGGCUAUUGACAUCAGCACCAAUCGCCAGAAAGAAGAAUGGUUCCUCAAAAUCAACCCCAACGCCCGCAUUCCUGCCAUUCUUGACGGUUCGCAGCGUGUCUUUGAGAGCGGAGCAAUCAUGACCUACCUGGUCGACAAGUACGACACCGACCGCAAGAUCAGCUAUGGGCCUGGCACCCCGGAGCAGGUCGAACAAACUUCCUGGUUAAUGUUCCAGAUGGCUGGUCUUGGACCUAUGCAAGGCCAAGCUAACCACUUCCGUCUCUUUGCUAAUGCCCGCUCUGACUAUGCUAUCAAGCGAUACAUCGAUGAGACGAAGCGGCUCUACUCGGUCCUUGAAUCGCGGCUCAAGGAGAGUCCCUACCUUGCGGGCUCGAAAUAUACUAUUGCCGAUAUUGCGACUUUCUCUUGGGUUCGUGGGGCUCCGACUACCCUGGAGAUUGAUCUGUCCGAGUUCCCCGCAUUGAAGGAAUGGGUUGAGCAGAUUGAAGAGCGUGCUGCUGUGAAGAAGGGUGUGGAUGUUCCGCAUUCGAAUUGGACUCCCGAGAAGAAGAAGGAGCUGUUCCAGAAUUUCCGGGCUAAAAUUGAUGCUAUGACAAGUACUGAUCAACAUUGA